AUGCUGAUGGCCAGUCUUGAACCAGCAACACCUCGCCAGAACCAGGCCGCAACUGCCACGGAUCGCUUUGAUGGGCCCCUCCUCUUCGUGCACCAUGAUGCCAAUCACAUGAAAGCAGCGCCUCACCGGCACCGUAUUUUCUCUCAUGUUCAACGACAGUAUCGUCCAUGGAAGCGGCGCAGUGAUGGUCGGCCGCUUCGAACAUCGCCCAAACCUCCCACCAAGACUAAGGCCCAGCACGAAGAAGAAUCCCCGCCAACACCCUCACCAACGAGCCUCGUCCGGCAUGGCAACUCAGAUCCGUUCAGGACGUAUCCUGUAAACAUUGGAGCCGAGGAGAACGAGCUCAUCUCCUUCUAUCGCGAUCUCUUCUUGCCGGCUCAGUAUGGCAACAAGCUCGGUUACCCUGAGACACAGCUACUGAUGAAGCGUGACCUUGAAGCGUGUAUGUCGGGCCUGCUGGACGAAAGCAUCGCCCAUGGCUCGCUCGCCAGAUGGGGCUAUAUGGUGCGAGGUUCCAGCUCUCGACUUCACAAAACGGCUAUGCAGCAUCAGCUAAAUGCAACCCAACUCCUGCGUCGUAAAAUUGCGUCGGGAGUUGAUCUCCAGACCGAGGAUAAUUACAUGCAUCUCAAUAUGCUGUACUCGGCCGAGACCAUCAGUCGCAAUGCGAUGGGUGCGUUAACCCACGGUCGGAUGCUGAGACAGAUGUUCGAAGAGGCACAUGCGAGAGGUACACUGAAUCUCAAGCUCCUGGUGUGGCAGUUUCACAACGAUGUUCAGACCAGCUCGAUAUUCCUUGUCCCUCCGGUCUUCGAUGUCGAUCACUUCUUGCCCAUGGUCUUCGCUCCGACAUGGGAAGCCACCCUGUCAGUCAUUCCCACCGUAGACACGAGCGGCAUCAACUCGAACAUCGAUCCCUCGAUUCAAGGACCCCUCCUCAGUAUCUUUGAGUCCAGUCGCAUCUUCUGGCACACCCUAGAAAGCUCCGGAGGGCUAGCCGCCCACAAGUCUUUCAUCGUUACAAUCCGCUGCAAUGCCCAGGAACUCCUGCAACUCGGACGCUUCCUCGACCACUACUGCAAAGUCCGAGAACAACUACAACGCGAGAUCAGCCGCGAUCAACGGGUGAGACUUCUUGUAGAAGCCUACCUGUCGUUGGCAGGAAUCUAUCUUGUCAAGAGCCUCAACCUUGACCCAGUCGUGCUUGGACGGCCAAUGUUCGACAUGCGCCCUGCCGUCCUGCCAGCGCUGCGAGCUGCCCUUGAGCAGAGUGAGCUGCUCAUGACCGAUUCCGAGCAGCUCAAGUACGCCAAUUCCAGAUUCUGGGCACUGUUUGUUGGUGCAAUGUCGGAACAUGGCUGGCCCGUCAAGGGACAGGACGCAUGCAGGCAGUGGUACAACACAAGGCUGGCUGACCUGGCAGCGAGGCUGGGCCUGUAUACCUGGACCAGCGCCAGGCUUGUGCUAAAGUGCUUCCUGUACACGGACAACGUGCAGCCUCCGGGUGCACUCUGGUACGAUGAGAUGAUGAGUGUCAACACGGGCUACGUUCUGCGUCUACCGCGUAUGCACAAGAUCGAGUUUGAUGAGAAAGAGACACUUCCCGACGCCGAGUCGGGGCUUCCUCCGCGCGAUGAAAGCAUAUCAUCCGACCUCUCCAGUUGA